AUGGAUACAGUGACAGUAUUAAAUGAACUGCGGGCUCAGUUUUUACAAGUUUGUCCAGAAAAAGACCAAAUGAAAAGAAUAAUAAAACCAUACAUACCUAUAGGUGGAUCUAAUACGGAACAAUGCUUAGAUUCUUCUAUCCGCGAACUGUACACAAACUCAGAUGGACUAAAUGUACUUCUUGAACUAGAAUCUCCACCGAUAUCUAAGGAUUUCAUGGAGAACUACGCUUCAUUAGGGAAAAUGAGGAUAAUGAGAGAAAAUGAGGGCCAAAAAGGGAAAACUACACAGAGCUUAGUACAGACAGAGAAGGUUGAAGACGAUGAGGAAGAGAAACGGAAUCAACAGGAUAAAAGCGCAAAAAAUACUCUGAUAGUCGAGGAAAACGGAACACUUCGUUAUAAUCCAUUAAAUUCGUCUACUUCAAAUUCUCUUUUGAAUGGUGAAGGCCAAACUAGUGAUAAACAUCAUAAAGCCUCUACCAAAGAAGGCUCAUGUUCAAAUAGCUCAGUGGAGCUCCAAAAGAAAUCUAGCAAGAGGUCAUCACUUCCUUUUGUAAGGAUAUUCAAAAGUCGAAGAGAUCAUUCAAGUGCUUCUGGAAGUAAGAAUGCUUUUCACACAACUAAUACGAGAUCAAGAACACCAAGUUUGCACCCGCCUGGCCCACGCCAUAAUAAAAAAGGCAGUAAAUUUGAUAUGAACUUUGAUUUCGACGAAAACCUGGAGGAAGAAGAUGAUGAUGACGAUGAUGACGAAGAAGGCGAUGAUAUACACUCACAAUUUUUCCAGUUAGAUGAUGAUUUUGAUACCAAAAGUUCUGGGGCCAGUUCAGUUCAAAAAGGCUCUAACGGCAUGUCCAACAUUAAGAACAACUUUUCUAAUACCAAUAACAGAAAUAGCAUCAGUAUUCUUGACGAUAGGGAGAGUUCAAAUGGUAAUAUGGGAAGUGCUUCACGACUUAAACCACAUUUUCCUACCAGUCAAAAAGGGAAAAAUUUUUUGAUUGAAAACAAGAAUGAUGGACAAAAAUCGGAUCCACUGAAGAUCAUUAAGGGUGCAAAUGGAGAUGGAGGCAGCAACAGCGGCAAUGGAUCUAUUGGAAGAGACGGCCUGACAGAAACAGAAAGUAACAAUAUAUCGGAUAUGGAAUCGUACAUUAAUGAAAAAGACUUAGAUGACUUGAAUUUUGAUACAGUAACCUCAAAUAUUAACAAAACAGUAUCCGAUUUGGGGGGAAUUGAACCUGGAAGUGACGGGACAGCUAACAAAAAUGAGGCCUCGCAGGGCAGUCAUUCUAAUGGUGAUGAAUUCAGUUCUCAAAACCACGACGGAAGUACUCCUGGCUCAUCGUAUGGGAAGUCUCUUUUAGGGUCAGAGUAUUCAGAAGAGCGCUAUUUGAAUAACGAGUCAUCAACCAUGGAGAGUGGCGAAAUGUCCCUUGACUCGGACAUUCAAACAAAUACCAUGCCUUCCCAUUCCAUACCAAUGUCCAUGCAAAAAUACGGCAUUUAUCAUGGCGAUGAUGACUCUACUUUGAACAACGUCUUUGACAGAGCUGUAUUGACUAUGAAUUCAUCACGACAUCCCAAGGAAAGACGUGAUACUGUUGUAUCGGGAAAAGAGUCGACCUCCUUUGCCAGUUCCAGCAGAAAACUAUCCGUUAGUUCGAAUUUGACAUCCACAAAGUCUCCGCUGCUUCGAGGACAUGGAAGAACUUCAUCAACAGCUAGCAGUGACCAAAUGAAAAUUCCGAAGUUUUCUGAUGGUGUAUUUCAUAGACCAAGAAAAAGUACCUUGACACUGAAACAAGAUCAUACUCAAUCUAAUGUGUCAGCAACUGCUCAUAAGAGCUCAAAAGAGGGGAAUUUUCUUAUUGAGAGAACAACUGAUUACCUAGAGUCUAAACCCAAGGCAUCUCAGUUGUCAAAUAUGUUCAAUAAAAAAAAGAAAAGAACAAAUACCCAUUCUACAGAUGUGUUAGAUUAUUUUUCAUUUGUAUGCGGUGAUAAAGUACCGAAUUAUGAAUCCAUGGGUCUCGAAAUAUACAUUCAAGGCUCUAAGAAGUAUAAAAGACAUUCUUUUACUACCAAAGUGCGGAAAUCGUCCACCAUCUUUGAAGUAAUAGGAUUUUCUUUAUUUUUAUAUUCCACUGAGAAAAAACCGGAUAAUUUUGAGGAAGAUGGAUUGACAGUUGAAGAAAUUUCUAAUCCAAAUAAUUUUGCAUUGAAAAUUGUUGAUGAAGAUGGUGAACCAUUUGAAGACAACUUUGGUAAACUAGAUAGGAAGAGCACUAUUCAAUCAAUUUCGGACAGCGAAGUUGUGUUAUGUAAAGUCAAUAACAUGGAGAAAUCUCGAAAUGAAAUUGAGACACCUUUGCCAUUCGAUAUCGGUGGCGGCGUAAUGGCUGCUUCUAAUUUGGAUGCUAAUAGCAGUCACAGUACAACCGAAGGCACCAUUAAUCAGUUAAGCUUCUACAAGCCUAUUAUAGGUAAUAAAGAUGAUAUCGAUAAGACAAACGGUUCCAAAGUCAUUGAUGUGACAGUAUAUUUGUAUCCUAAUGUGAAUCCCAAAUUCAACUAUACCACCAUUAGUGUUUUGGUGACUUCACACAUCAAUGAUAUCUUGGUAAAAUAUUGCAAGAUGAAAAAUAUGGAUCCUAACGAAUAUGCAUUGAAAGUGCUGGGUAAGAACUUUAUACUGGACUUAAAUGAUACAGUAUUAAGACUUGAUGGUAUUAAUAAAGUGGAACUUAUUUCCAAGAAGGAUGCAAGAGAACUGCAUCUGGAGAAAAUGAAGCCAGAUCUAAAGAAGCCUGUCCUGCCAACAAUUCAAAGUAACGACUUGACCCCGUUGACUUUGGAACCUCUGAACUCAUAUCUGAAGGCAGAUGCUGGAGGAGCUGUGGCUGGAGGAGCUGCGGCUGCGGUUCCUGAGAAUGCCAAAGUAACAUCCAAGGCUAAGAAAAUUUCCGCUAAGUAUAAGCUGAGUUUAGCGAAGCAACAUUCUUCUUCAAGCGUCGCUAGUGGAAAUGGCUCGACUGCGGGGGGCCUCGUGAAUGGAAAUGGGUUUUUCAAGAACAAGAAUUCAUCGAAGUCCUCGUUGCAUGGAACACUACAGUUUCAUAACUUAAAUCGUUCGCAGAGCACGAUGGAGCACACACCUGAUACUCCCAAUGGAGUUGGAGAUAACAACUUCCAAGAUUUGUUUACCGGUGCGUAUCAUAAAUAUAAGGUAUGGAGAAGGCAGCAGAUGUCAUUCAUAAACAAGCAUGAAAGGACUUUAGCCAUUGACGGCGACUACAUAUACAUCGUACCCCCGGAGGGACGAAUGCAUUGGCAUGAUAAUGUAAAGACCAAAUCAUUGCAUAUCAGUCAAGUAGUUCUUGUUAAGAAAUCCAAAAGAGUUCCAGAGCAUUUCAAAAUUCUCGUGAGAAGAGAGGGACAAGACGAUAUCAAGAGAUACUACUUCGAAGCUGUUUCAGAUCAAGAGUGUACGGAAAUUGUUACUCGCUUACAAAACUUAUUGAGUGCCUAUAGAAUGAAUCACAAGUAA